GGUUGUUUUUUGGCCGGGAAAAGGAAAAAUGGCAGAAAGCUGAAGAGUCGGCUAGAUAUAGAAUGGCGUUAGGGUUAGGAUUGGAGGAAUUUGAAUGGAGUGGCUUGCAUUUCGCGAAUAUUUCUUUCGCUCUAAGCUCAUGGAGGCGACCACGUCAACCGCAAUCGAACAAUCUCUGCUUUCUCUCUAUUUAUCUCUCCACAUUCUAUAUACAGUGUGCCUCUAUAUAUAUCGAUUUAAUCUAUAUUUGGAGAGAUUGGGUAGGUUUGGCCGGAAUCAUAGCUGUAUCCGUCCAGACAGAUAGAGCUUAUUAUGGGAGGCCUCAAAUUCAGAGCAUAAUUCGGUCAUAUAAGUCUCUCUCUCUCCCGCAAUACUGUCUCAUAGUUCAGGGUCCAUUGUCAUCUGGGAUUCUCUCCUUGCAGCAUUCAUAAUCAUCAUCAUUUGUCUCGCUCUCUGGCUUCCAUCAAACACAUUUCCUUCAAGUCUUGUGGAAAUUGCAAGGUCAUAACCUCUGGCAUUUUGGUAUGAUUGCUUGAUUUCCUUGCACUUCUGGCAUCCAACUUGAGUUCCUGCAAACUACAGACAUGAGUGACACUAUGUCUGGGCCUAUUAAGCCAGGUCUCGAAAGAUCUGGUGCUGAGAACUCUGAGGAUGAGAGAAAAACAAGAAUUGGGUCUCUCAAGAAGAAGGCAAUUAGUGCCUCGACAAAAUUUAGGCAUUCUUUGACAAGGAAGGGUAGGCGAAAUAGUAAAGUUAUGUCCGUUGCAUUUGAUGAUGAGCAUGAUGCAGAGGAAUCCAAGGCAGUGGAUGCAUUGCGUCAAGCUCUUAUAUUGGAAGAAUUGCUACCUUCAAAACAUGAUGAUUAUCACAUGAUGCUGAGAUUUUUGAAGGCCAGGAAAUUUGACAUUGAGAAAACAAAGCAAAUGUGGGCUGAUAUGAUCCAGUGGAGAAAGGACUUUGGUGCUGACACGCUCAUGGAGGAGUUUGAUUUCAAGGAAAAACACGAGGUCCUUGAGUACUACCCACAAGGACAUCAUGGGGUUGAUAAGGAUGGACGGCCUGUUUAUAUUGAAAGACUAGGCAAAAUUGAUCCAACCAAGCUUCUGCAAGUGACAACAAUAGAGCGAUACUUGAACUACCAUGUGCAAGAGUUUGAGAGGACCUUUGCUGUGAAGCUGCCUGCCUGUUCAAUUGCAGCAAAAAGGCACAUUGAUCAGAGCACUACUAUUCUGGAUGUUCAGGGAGUGGGACUUAAACAUUUUAGUAAAACUGCAAGGGAACUUAUUCAGCGCAUCCAAAAGAUUGACGGUGACAAUUAUCCUGAGACCCUCUGCCGUAUGUACAUAAUCAAUGCAGGUCCUGGAUUUAGGAUGCUAUGGAACACUGUUAAAACUUUCCUUGAUCCCAAGACCACUGCAAAGAUUCAAGUUCUGGGCAACAAAUAUCAGAGCAAAUUGCUUGAAGUCAUUGAUGCCAGUGAGCUACCAGACUUUUUGGGUGGUACAUGUACUUGUGCAGACAGAGGUGGCUGUAUGCGUUCUGAUAAGGGCCCAUGGAAUGAUCCAGACAUAUUGAAGAUGGUUCACAAUGGUGAAGCCAGAUGUUCAAAGAAAACUUUGAUUCUAUCCAAUGAUGAGAAGACAAUUUCUGAGGAUGAGAGUGCCAACCAAAAGAGUGUGAAGAAAUGCCACUCUUUCAACUCAGACGCAGAGGUGGAAGAUAUACGAUGUCACUCACCCAGGGUUCACAGAGAGUACGCAGCACAUCCACAACUUUCUCCUGUUCGUGAAGAAGCUAAUCGCUACCCACAUGACAACUUUGUUCCAAUGGUUGACAAGGCUGUGGAUGCAACUUGGACCAAAGCUCUGCAAAGUGACAAACUCACUUUGUCCAAAGGGAAAGAUUGUUUUCCCUUGGACAAUGCUCCCAAGCCUUCUCCUGGAAUAAGCAAUCAUAUUUUCACUGGGCUAAUGACCUUUAUUGCUGGCAUUGUCACUGUGGUCCGAUUGACUCGCAACAUGCCAAGGAAGCUUACUGAUGCCACCCUCUACUCGAGCUCCAUGUUUGGUGCUGACCCAAUGAUGAAAUCCCAAUUACCAGCAUCGAUGAUCUCAAGCACUGAAUAUAUGUCCAUGAUGAAACGAAUGGCUGAAAUGGAGGACAAGGUGACUUUUCUUAUCAACCAACCUGCAACUAUGCCACCCGAGAAAGAGGAAAUGCUCAAUGCUGCCCUAAAUCGCGUUGAUGUACUGGAGCAAGAGCUUUUAGCAACCAAGAAGGCUCUGGAGGAUGCCAUCGUUCGGCAAGGGGAGCUACUUGCCUACAUCGAGAAGAAGAAGAAGAAGAAGAAGUUCUUCGUUUUCUAAUUGCAGAACCAUCUGAAUUAACAAGCAGAUGUGUGAAACCUGUUCAACUCGACCAUGACAAGCUCCGGACACCAUAAAAUAUCCUGGUACGAUGUAAUUGUGAUCGUUCUAAUGACACUGGCGGCUACAUUGAUUUUUAUCCCUAAAUAACUUUACCUAAUUCUAUACUUGAGUUGGUGUUUGCUUUGGUGAACUUCUCAAAACAAAUCAGUCUUGUGACGUUGGGUUACCCUGGAUGAUGAGUAUUGGUUUGCCCUUUUAUAUUUCGGUCUUGAGGUGCCAUCUAAGGCCACCCAGUAUUCUUCAGUGGUGGUGGUGUCAUCUGCCCUGCUCUUUUCUGCUUGGAAAAAUAUGUAGCCACUUCAACUAUGUUUGUUUUUUGAAGUAAAGCAUUUUUUGGUAAAAUGUUU